CCCAUUCCCGUUUUGCGUUUUGCGAUGAUAAGUUUAUCAGUGGAAGUGCAGUUUGUCAUGACUCACAAGUUAAACAACUGAAGUUCGCUCUAAUUUUAAUUAGGACACUCCAACGUCACUUUAUGAACUUGGCGACACCCUGUCUUAUCUUCUGAAAUUGUUUUCGUUAAUUGUGUAUUUCGCAUCUCUCAAAAACGUACAUUUUAGAACCCUUGAACAAUGCUCAGAGCCCACGAGAAAAUAUAUUUUCGUCUUCGCGACCCCGGUGCACGUUUUACGCUCAAAAUUUGUGGAAAUGUUGACAGCUUAAACGUCUGUUACGAUUUAAAUCACUAACAUCUGUAUUCCAGUCCUAAGAGCAGUCUCCUAACAAUACCACAAUGGUUUUUGAAUCUAUUGUCGCCGACUUGUUAAACAAGUAUUUAAGUCAAUAUGUUGAAAACUUGGACCGAACUCAAUUGAAAAUUGGAAUAUGGGGUGGGGAUGUAGUUUUGAAGAAUCUGAUGAUAAAGUCAGGUGCCUUAGACGAAUUGAAUUUGCCCCUCAAAAUAGUUUAUGGUGAAAUCGGCAAACUAGUACUGAAAAUUCCAUGGAAAAACUUGUAUGGCUCAUCUGUGGAAGCUUCUGUUGAUUCCCUCUUCAUGUUAGCAGUGCCAUCGCAAGAUAUUAAAUAUGAUGGUGAAAAGGAAGAACGUUGGGCGCAGGAAGCAAAACAAGCAGAGAUAUUGCGAGUAGAAAUCGCCAAACAACAAGAAAGACUGAAAGACCAACCAAAGAGUGCAGAUACUUUCACUGAAAAGUUAGCUGCACAAAUCAUUAGAAAUGUUCAAAUUAGAAUCAAUUCAAUUCACAUCCGGUAUGAAGAUCAGAGCACAAGACCUGAGCGACCAUUUUCUUGUGGUCUCACUCUUUUCAAUCUAUCUGUUGUCACAACUGACCAAGAUUGGAAACCUCACGUAUCGUCAGAUGCAUCCACCAUGAUUUACAAGCUCCUAACUUUAGAAGGGUUUGCCUUCUAUUGGAACCCAAAGACGUUUCUGAUAUCAAAACAAAACAUGAAUAGCUAUCCUCACUAUUUUCAAGAGGGCAUUGCCACUCAUGAGUCUCUUGCAAAAGGCUACAGAUAUGUACUUGGUCCAAUCAAUUCCACAGCAAAAUUGAGGAUAAGUCCUAAGCCUGAAUUGGAUAACUUUAGUCUUCCAAAGUAUCUUCUCGAGCUAGAUCUACAACGACUCCAAAUUCGAAUGAGUAAAGAACAGUAUAGAGACGCCAUCAAGUUUAUGGCAUCGAUAGAAUUGAUGGUAAAUGCAGCACCAUACAGGAAGUAUAGGCCUAAUUUGAAAGAAUAUAUCGGCCAUGAAAAAGUGUGGUGGCACUUCGCUUACAAAUGUAUUCUAGAGGAAACUGUGAGAAGAAAACGGCGCAAUUGGGACUGGGACCAUAUCAAGGCUCACCGAAACAUCUGCAGAGAAUAUGCUCAUUUGUAUACAAAAAAAUUAACAGCUGGAAAUAAAAUGUCCGGCGUAGAAAAUCUAAGUCUGACACAGUGCGAAAAUGAAUUGGAUGCUUUUAACAUCAUACUUGUGCGUCAAAAAGUGGAGAAUGAUAUUGAGAGGCUUGGAAGACUUGCGCAAGUGAAAAAAGCAAAUCAAGCUGCUAGUGGCUGGUUCAGUAGUUGGUGGUCAGCAAAGGAAACAGAUGCAGAAGCAGAGGAUGAAAUCAUAAAAAAGUUUGAAGAAGCAAUGAAUGCAGAAGAGAAGCAGAAACUGUACCGAGCAAUCGACUAUCAAGAGAAUGCAACCCCUGCUAUUUACCCAGUAACCUUCAAUGAAACUGAAAUCCAGUUUAUGUUACACUCUUUUGAGGUAGAGAUCAGAGAUGAAAUCUUGGAGAUGCCGCGAGUUCUUACCGUGGUGUUGAAGCAAGUUCAAUCCUUCUUUCAGCAAAGACCUGCUGCUAAAGCUUUCAAGCUAGUAGCCUCCAUCGAUACACUUUCUGUUUUUGGACUGACACAGAACAACGAAGUGCCAUUACUGGUAUCAUCUAAAAAAGGGAAAUUACCAGUCUCAGAGAGGACUUCCGAUUUGGCUCCGUCCAACAAUCUUUUCCACGUUUUGAUCGAAACCAACCCGCUUGACAAAAAGUGCGACCAGCGGGUACACAUCUCAUCUACUCCAUUGCAGAUUGUAUACGAUGCUCAAACAAUUAUCAAGCUCAACGACGUUUUCACACCGGAAAAAGCUGAACUCGAUGUUGCCACUGUAUUCUCUGCAGCUGCCACCGUAAAAAUAGCUGAGUUCAAAGAACGCUCCUCCUUAGGUUUUCAGUACACCUUAGAAAAACACGGCGUUUUGGAAUUGAAAAUAGAAUUGAUGGCAUCUUAUUGUUUGAUACCACAUGGGGGCCAUUACACAGGACAUGAAAACAUGAUUGUUGUCAACCUUGGUCGCAUAUCAAUAUACUCUCGCCCUCCAGAUGGUCAGCGGAACAUCCAAGAAAUGCGGAGUCGAGGUCAGGACGAUGAAACGAUUCUCCAAGAAAUGAUGAGCUCUAGCUAUGAUCGUUUUGACAUCAAACUAGAUGAUCUACAGGUAAUGGUGGUCUACCCUGAAGAAAAAUGGCAAAUGAAACCAGGAGAUAAUGCCGUUCCAGGCCAACAUCUGCUACGUCCCACGAGUGUCAUCGUCUUGGCUCAGAAAUGUGUCGUCACAGAUGAUCCUAAUCUUCCGAAGUUAAAAUUGAACACGGAGCUACCUUCUGUUGAAAUCAAAAUUGCUGAAGGUAGGCUUCUGAACGCAGCUGGUGUCUUGAUCAGUAUUCCUUUUCCAGACUCUGAAACACCGGCCCCUGUCACAGAGGUGAGAUCCACUCCUUCGAAAGUCAACCUGAGGUCCUUGGAUUUUGUCGGGAACAAGAAAAAAGUGGACAAAAAAUCCAACAAAGAAUUGGUUCAGUUAACUGAGCUUGAGGUGAAAUUCGAGUUGAAAGAAUUGAUUAUUCAGAUCGAUUGGCAGAAGUAUGAAGAUGAUCCUCCAGAGCCACUUGUUCUGUUUAAUCUGAGAUCGCUUGGGUUCGAAAUGGUUCAGCAAACAUUCAAUCUACACGUCAAUGUUGUAUUGAAGUCUUUGCAGCUCAUUCAGUACUAUGAAGGUGAUGAGAUCAAGUUGCUGAGUACAACAUUAGCCGACGACCUUGAUCACAGCCUCUUCUUACUCAAGUACGUGAAUGUCAAUAGGAACUCUCCCGUUUUUGAGACGCACUACCAUUCAGUCAUCCAACUCGUUGAAAUGAGUGUCAGUAAAUUGGAUGCUACAAUCAAGCAAGAUGCAAUUCUCUUCAUUCUCCAGUGGUGGAAUCAUGUCCAAGAGUACCUGUUGAAGCUAAAGGAUUCAAAUUCAACUCUAGAGGUCACCAGUUCCACCAGUGAGGAAAAGGCAGCCCAGCUCUCAUUGCCGCAGCAACGCCAGCUUACGCCCAUGGUCUCCCAAACAGAUGAGCUAGAAAGGGAAAUUGUGAUGGUGAAAUUAAUUGCAUGUUUGAAUGAUUUUCUAGUCACUAUACACUCAGAAGCCCCAUUAUUCGAGUUUGACCUUGCAGGUCUUAACGUUUUACUAGUCAUGAAGCCUCAAACAACAGAAAUGGAUGCAAGCUUGUCGAAUAUUUCAAUUAUUGAUCUAAUGGGAACUGAGUAUAACCGCAACAUGCUGAGCAUCAUGGAAGAAAGAGAUGUGAUUGUCACAAAAGUAGUUUUGUAUGAAAAUAAAAAAGAAAGCUUAAGAGAAUUGUCGGAUGAAAGUUUCGAUGUUGCUGUUUCUUUGUCGAUGGCUUGUGUAAGGAUUAUUUUUGUGAACGAACGCCUAAUGGAGUUUUUGGCAUUUUUAAACAACUUCCAAGCAGGCAAAGAGGCCAUUGUCGAAGCAUCUGCUGCUGCCGUGCAGACAGCAAAGUUAAACAUGCAGCAAGCAUAUGAAAAUGCAACCAAAGUUUCUUUAGAUGUAAGAUUAAAUGCCCCCGUGAUUGUAGUACCAGUCAGUUUCAAAAGUCGUCAUGCUCUGAUUUUAGAUUUAGGUCACCUUACAAUCAACAAUAAUGUAACAAGCCAAAGUAGUAAUUCCUGUCUCAUUGAUAACAUGAAACUUGAUUUGCAGCAGAUGAAAAUGUCAAGUGCCAUUUUACGGAAAGGACUGGGAACAAAAGAUGAAGCCUCCCUUCUUCUCCCAAUUAAUUUCACUCUAGUCGUAAAGCGUAACCUCUCGAUCUCCUGGUGUAAAGAUGUGCCUGAUCUCGACAUAACUGGUCAUUUCCAAGCCAUCAAAAUGAGCUUAUCUCAACAAGCAUAUAGUCUGAUCUUAAGUGUCAUUGAAGGGAAUUUAGCUGCCAGUCCAAAGUCCUCAAAGCCAAGUGUCCCAGCACCGAAACCCACAAAAUCAAACUUCUAUGAGACAGCAAAAUUCAACAUCAGCCGUCAAAAGCUGCCCAUAGCAUUUGACAAAGAUGAGGAGGCAACAAUGGAAGAUGGAAGCUUUCAAGACAUGCUUGCUCGUAGUGUGAUUAAAUUCAAAUUUGACAUCGAUAGCAUGGAGCUUAAUCUCUCAACGAAUAGUAAAAAAGUAGACCCAAAAACAGGUAAUUCAGUGGAUGACUUGCUCGCCAAGUUGUCACUUAACACAUUUGCUCUAGAGGGGAGUGUCUUUUCUGAUAAUUCCAUCUCAUUUUCCAUUCUACUGCGAGAUUGUCUGAUUGAUGACUUGCGCCUAUCUAGAAAAAAACUGGUGCCUCGUUACAUGGAGCGCAAUCGAGAUCCCCGCUUGGAUGACUCAAACGACAUGAUCAACCUUCUUUAUUCACAGAAAGACCAACUAACCAGCAUCAAUGUUGAAGUCUCAAGUUUCAUUUUAAUGUUCAAUCUUGAUUUUUGCUUGAAGCUCCUUGACUUUUUCACUCAGAAGCAAGAUAAGAAACCAACACCUGCCAUUAGUUCUGCUAAAGUUGGUGCUGUCAAAGCUGCUCCUGAUAUGAAGAAGAAAAAGUCAACGACUCUCGAACCAGAGGAUAUAAAGCUUGAGGCGAAAGAUAAUAGAAUGUCUGUUAGUGUCCAUGUACAGCAGCCCGAUAUUAUCCUUGUUGAAAACAUGGUGGAAACUAACACUCGAGGCAUUGUGUUAAAUUUUGAGAUGAAUUAUCAGCUUCAAAUGACCGGUGCAACGCAAACCAUGAGUGGAUGGGUAAGAGACCUUCAGAUAUACUCAUGCUUUUUCACUUUAGAAAAGAAAAAAACCUCUCUUGCCUUGGUCUUACGUCCUGUAAAUGUUUCACUGUCAGGUGAGAUGCCGGAACCGAAUAAUCUUCAAAUAGAGGUUGAAACGACUCCGGUUAGAUUAUCUGUCUCACCAGCGACAAUUGAACUGUUGAAUCGGAUCAAACAAACUAUCAACACAAAUCUGGCAGAUGAAGAGCCAGUCAUGCCUGAGAAUGUAGACCUUUCAGACUUGUGGGAUAUUAAGCCAAUCAAUGAAAAUGAAUUUUGGUUUUUGAAAGCGGAGGAAGCGCAAGAAGCCAUUGCAGAAGUACCGAAAUUGUUGGCAGAAUCUGCCGUGCAAGUCAUGCAAGAAGCUUGCUCUGUUAGCAUACCAUCAAUCAUCAUCACCAUCGAAGCAGGUGUAGGCACCAAAACUCUACCCAUGUUACUCCUUGAGUCAAAAUUGAAUGGGACUUUCGAAAAUUGGAGCUCAGCAAUGAAAAUUGCCAGCUGUUUGACUUUGGAGGUUAAGUAUUACAAUAGCCGCCUAGCCUUGUGGGAGCCUUUUAUUGAACCAAUUGAAUACGAAGAGCCAAAUUCAAUUGAAAGCUCCUCUGUUCCAUGGGAGCUGAACUUCAAAAUGGAAACGAAGAACCCAAAUGAUACAGAAAGUUCGGAUAAAGUCUCCAACAAUCCACUGACAAAGAUUGAUAUUUCCUCCAAAGAACUAAUGCAAAUAACUGUAUCCAAAACAUGCCUACAAGUUUGCCAAGAUCUUGGCAAAGCGUUCAGAGAUGCGGUGUCAAACGAGGGUCCCUUAGCUAUGUUGGUUGCUGCCCCUUAUACAUUAAAAAAUUUCACAGGUUUGUCUGUCACGUUAAUUCUUGGAUUAGAAUCUUUCAAAAUCCAAGACUUGGAGCGCAAAAAUAAUGAAGAAAUCGUCAUUCUAGAAUCAGGAGCUGAGAUAUCUCUUUUCCUGCCGGACGAUGACAGUAAUUCAGUCACUAACUCUGCUUCUUACGAAAGGAACCUCAGAGUACUAAUACCAGACAAAAACUAUGAGAUCGAGAUUCCUGUGGUCCAAGCAGUGAAGCGAUAUUACACAUUGCUUGAAUCUGGUCAAGAUGUUGAAAGUUGUCACUUGAUUUCAGAAGUAUUGGUAGAGAAUGGAAGCACGAGUAUUAUUCUACGAAGUGUCAUGCAGAUAUACAAUCAUUUCUCCGUGCCAAUAAAUGUUUAUGCGUUAGCAGCCAGUGGCGACCAAUUAGAGCUAAUUGGAGUUGUAGAACCAGAUGCUGUGUUCAAUGUCCCAAUUCCAGUCUUAUCCUCCACGGACGGCGACAUAUUUUUCCGUGUCAGAGGUUACUCAGUCUGCUCCAAAUCAUACAAGUAUGACUUGACCCAACCUCCCUCUGCACAAAUGCUUCAGUGUGUAUCGAAAAAUCCUGAAGAUAGUGAUCCCUUUUUCAUCAAAGCAGUAGGCUCCUCGGAGAAGGUUUAUUAUGAAUCAACUAGUAGAUACACUACUUUCAGUCGUAGUCACUCGGUUCACCUAUGGCCCACACUGUACCUUCGAAAUCUCCUUCCUGUCGAUGUUGUUGUUGUAAUGCAAGGAGUGCCAACAGAAAAAUUGCUCCCAUCAGGCAAGAAAAUGGACUUACCUAAUGUUGAACCAGGUUCGUCUAGUAUUAUAAUAAGGAUAGUUAAUUAUCUUGAAAAAGAAUGGUCUUGCAAACGUGCCAUCGAUGAAAAACCACCUGAAUUGGAUGCCUGGAUCUUUUAUUCCUAUGAUAGUGCCCAAAGAAUGAGUCUUCAACUUGGAAUGCGAUCUAUCAUUCGAAAAGAUGCAUUUUAUAUGGUACUGUACAGCCCCUUCUGGAUGAUAAACAAGACUGAUAUGAAACUGGCGUACAGGAGUUCAGAGGAGUGUGCCAAGACAAUUUAUCAUCCUGCUUCCUUUAAACAACCAAUCAUGUUUUCUCGUGAGAAGUCAUUUUUCAACAAAACCAAGGCCAGUGUUAAAAUCAACAAUGGGGAAUGGUGCGACAAGUUCCUUCUUGACGUUGCAGGCAAUGUUGGUAUGCUUACUUGCACGGUGAAAGGUGUCACAUAUCAAAUCGGUGUUCAUAUCAAAAUGAUGUCCAACUCUCUCACAAAGCUGGUCACUUUCACUCCGUACUAUGUUAUAAUUAAUAAAUGUUGGUUUGACAUCAAUUUUCGCCAGGUUUUGAAAGGCAACGAGUAUUCUUGGGAAAAAGUCGAGUCCAAAACAUGUCAUUCAUUCUGGCCGCAUCAAUCCAAGCAUACCUCCACAGAUAUGAUCUUAAGAGUCGAUGGCACAGAGGAAACGACUACUGCCUUCUCUUUCACAAAAAUCAUGAAUAAUCUCCUACGCCUAGAAAAUUCUUAUGGAGGAAUAAAUGUUGAUAUCCAAGUUAUGGAAAGUGCGACAUACAUUACGCUAGAUUAUUACAAAGCAGGAUUUGCCCCCGCAUAUAUUGUCAAUCAUACAAAUUACACAUUCUUGCUGAGUGAAAAGCAUUCCACAAGUGGGUUGGAGACCAAACUCCCAGCAUCCUCAGCUGUGAUGUUUACAUGGUGUAAAUCGCAAUCAUUCGACAGUCCAAUAUUGAGUAUCAACGAUGGGAUUGUAGAUAUUGAUGUACGCAAGGACGCGCUUGGUACGUUUGUCUUGAAAUCGAAAGAAAAAGGAUUCUGGGUUUCGUUUUUGAAUGGGAUGCAGCGCACUAUCUUCUUAACAACAGACGAGAACAUGGCCAAAGAAGCUGAAGCAGUGAGCGAUCUUGACCAAAUCGACCAAGAAAUAAUCAUCUCCCUGCAUGGGAUCGGCCUCUCUCUAGUUAACAAUGAAUUAAAGCAAGAAAUUUGUUACUUGACCAUGACCAGCUCUGGGCCAUACUGGCAACUUCAAAAAGAAGGAAACAAACGGUUCAAAUCUUUAACUAUUGAAGAGAGUCGCAACAUCGAGGAUGCUUUUAUGAAAUACAGCCAGGUCGGAAGUAAACCGCUAACCGAAGGAAAGAAAGCUUUGUCACCUACGUCUGAUGGUAAAUUUCAAAUUGAUUUCUCCAACCAAACUGUCAGUAAACCGUUCAAGGGAAAAUUGCGACGAAUAUAUCAUGUUGGUCUCUGGCUACAAACCAAAUCAUCCCUACACACUUAUCAAGUUCAUGCCAAAAUUAACCACCUCCAGAUUGAUAAUCAAGGUCACACAUACACAUUCCCGGUCAUUUUCGCACCGCAGCCUCUAGCGAAAACCACUGCUGCGAGUCAAAGUCCCAAGCCAUUUGCCGAGUUGAGUAUAGUGCAACGUCUUUACGACUACUCUACAUUCAAACAGUACAAGUACUUUAAAAUUCUCAUCCAAGAAAUGCAAGUUAAAGUAGAUGUUGUAUUCAUAAGUGCCUUAACUAACCUCUUUAAAGUGGAUUCAAUGCUCAUGGAGGACCAAGAACUCAAGUUCGAGGAAGAUAGAAAAGUCAUGAACGAUCCAUUGUACCAGCUAGUCACUUGUCAUAGUUCUGAAGAGGCCAAAAACUACUACGACUUCCUGCACUUUGGACCGAUCAAACUUCAUCUGAGCUUUUCUUUUAGCUCUGGGUUUGAUAAUGUCCAUGAAGAUACCGCAGAGAAUAUCAAUAUUCUGACUCAAAGCUUUGGUGUGACAGUAACAGACUUCAACGAUGUUGUUAUUAAGCUGUCAUACUUGGAACGACAAUAUGUCAUGCUAAACCAGCGACAGUUGGAGCAUGAGGUCAUGAGUCAUUAUACAACCCAGUUCAUCCGACAAAUUUAUGUCGUAGUUUUUGGCCUGGAUGUGCUUGGCAAUCCGUAUAAAUUAGUAACGGAUAUCAAAAGAGGAGUUCAGGACUUUUUUUACGAGCCCAUCCAAGGAGCCAUUCAAGGCCCUGGAGAGUUUGCUGAAGGGGUUGUUCUCGGCAUGAAAAGUUUAUUUGGUCACACAGUGGGUGGUGCAGCCGGAGCAGUGAGUCGAAUUACAGGGUCACUUGGACAUGGAUUAGCGGCUUUGACUUUUGACAAGGAUUAUCAGCAAAAGCGUAGAGAAAAUGUCCAGAAGAGAUCCGCCCACGAACGAAUUGCAACGAGCAGUAAGGGUCUGGUGAUGGGUGUGGUUGAAGGGGUCGGUGGCGUUUUCACGAAGCCAAUCUCAGGAGCGCGAGCAGAGGGAUUUGGUGGCUUCAUGAAAGGAAUUGGUAUCGGAGUGGCAGGGCUCAUCACCCGCCCAACAGGAGGUCUUGUCGACUUUGCCAGUGGAUCCUUCAGAGUUGUCCGGGAUGUGAUGGAGGUGACAAAAGAUGCAACCAGAGUGCGACUGCCACGCUAUUUCAAAGAAGAUAAAGUAGUUCGUCCUUAUUCACGAAAAGAAGCAGAAGGAUACGUGUUUCUAUUCUCACUAGACAAAGGGAAGUUCGCAAAAACAGACACUUACGUCUUUCAUAUGUAUAUUGAUAAGAAUAAAAGAAAAGAAGUUUUCCUUAUUACGAAUAAUAGAGUAUUGUAUAGUUAUUUUAAUGAUGUGUUCGGCUCAGUUGAGCUGCUGUGGGCAUACUCUUGGGCUGAGUUUGAUGGGCCUCCAGUUGCCCGAGCAGAUGGAUUACUGUUGCCUCUGAAAUCCAAGGGUCAUAAACUAUCAAGGUCACAGCAUGGCAAGUUAUUAUUGGUUGAAGACGAAGAGCUUAAGGCCUGGCUUGCAGCAAAGAUCACAGAACUGAUGGAAGAUGUGGACGCCUCUUCAGUGUCGUUUUCCUCCAGCUUAAGACGAUAAUGCCAUGUUCAAAAAUACUUCUUCUAAAAUGUCCAAUUACAGAUAUCUAUACUAAACUUUUAGGGUCAAAAACGGUGCUUACUAAAUGGGUCAGUCAACACCAAGGUUAACGUUAAUUGUUGAAGCUUUUGUUAAAUGUUGAGUUAGAUUGUGUUUGUAUUUUAUGUAAAUUUUUUCGAAUUUAAUCAAACUUGUUAAGUUUGUCUGAAAGCUUGAACAUAUGGGAACAAGGUACUUAUAGAAAAUUUCCUCCAUAAUUUCAAUAAUUCUUAGUCCAGUCUCUAGGUUAAAAAUCUCUGCUUCAUCUGAGCAUUUCCCAGUGAUACACAUUCAACCGAGAGAAGCAGGAAUCGUUUUUGUCUUUCAGUGUUUUUCUCUGCUUGGAAGUGAAACGUUUCGUGGUAUUUCAAUUUGAUAACAUACAUUUGAAAAAUUUCUAAAGUUUUAAUGCUUAACAUAACUUGGAAAAUUGUGAUCAAUUUCAGGUUUUUUCACAUUUUUCUUUCGCUUCUUUGUUAUAUUUUAUCCGCAGCAUAAAUACUGCCUUUCUUUACAUUUAUAGUGACACAUUUGCUAAUCUGGUCAGUCGAAAAUUUAUGAGCCAAAAGCUUUCAAAAAUUGGUUUUGCUUUAAUGUGUCACACCAUUUCACUUUUCAUACAAUUCGUAGCAUUAAAUUACAUUUAUUUUCACAUAUAUAUGUAUAUACAUGUAACAGGCAGUCCUGCUGUCAAAUUUAUCGUAUUUAAUUUCAAAGUAGGUGUAUAAAGAAUGUUGAUUUUUAAUUCUGUUGAAAAUGUGAUUAUGCUUGUUUAAGGAUCUAAUUGAAAAGGGUUUUUUGCCUCCCAUUGAGGUAUUUUUCUCAUCUCGCGGGGAUUUUGUACUUUGUGUGAUGAAGGAGUUUUGUUAGAUUGUUUUAUUUAGGGUCUCCGACAUACUGCUUGGUCCUCUUGAAAUAUGUACCCUUUAACUUCGCAUUGAUUAUAAUUUAGAAUGAUGUUUUUUUGGUACCCCUCCAGACUUGAGGAGAGACUGGUCUUCAAAUAUUGUUGUGGAUGAAUUAUUAGUAAUUAAAAAAAAGUAAUUUUUCAUCUCAGUAAUCUGAGAAAUACAAUUUUUGUUCCUAAAGUAGUGUACUAAUCAUGCACUGAACUGCCACACUAAGAAAGAACACUGGAUGAAACUUCGGGCGUUGCCACAUUUCCCUCGUUAAAGUACGAAUUUUCUUAGAGAUCUGUGAAAAUUCUCUCCCAAUUUUUCACAGAAUUUUGUUCGCAAUCUCAUCAGAAUUAUAUGUAUCUAAAAAUUUCAAGGUUAAAUACUUGUUACACUCCUCAAAAAUAAAUAUUUUACUGCUGGAAGCGUGGCAACAUUCAAAUAUUCAUACUGUGUUUUUCCUCAGCACUGCAUUGUUGUGGACGGAGCGUAUAACUUUAUUCUUCAUGAUGAAAACAAAAGGUCCGAUUUGCCCGUAGAAAAAAGAAAAGAAAGAAGUUGUUUUGAAAGAUAAUACUUGACUAUCAGUAAUACUAUCAGGUUUAACAUUUGGUGCCCAUCUCACUCUCAUGAACCAAUGUUUAAGGCUAAAAUUUCAGAAACUAUUUGCUUAACUUUUGCUAAACUUUUUGCUCUGUGAUGAGGGAAAAAAGACUCCUGUCAAAAAAGAAAAAAAAGUACCACAACAGAACAUCAAUUAUUUAUUACCUUCAUACUACUGCAGUUGUUUUUAUCUUUGAAUGAUGUAUACUUCGCUAGUUUAGAAACAAGUUGAGUUUAGUGGGGACAAAAAAUUCACUGGUAAAUUGUUCAUAAUCUUUUUUUUUUUUGGGGGGGCCGCAAGUAACGUAACAUUACCAUCUUUUUUCUUUUUUUUCUGUUUGGCCAGCUCUUGUGGCUUCAGUUUGCCCAGUUUUAUCUCCUUUUGGCCAGAUCCCUGUGAUUAGAAAAUAAUAUAUCUUGAAAAAUAUUAAUCGUGCACUUUUGUAAUAUUUGAAUCUUUCUAGCUAUCAUUUGCAUUUAACUUCAGGCCUACAUCAUGUAUGUAAUUUGAUAGAUUCUAUAUUUUUGACCCCUCGUAUUUUUCCAGUGUCUGCAGUAGUUUCUUACACUGUUGUCAACCUAUUUUUUUAUUUCAUUUUCUAAUUUGUAUCGUUGUUGUUACAAUAAAUAAGCGUUUCAGUCUUAAUUCCUUUCAAA